UGACAAGCCAAAAGCACAUGCAAUAUUGCAACUUUAUAGCUGUUGUCUAUAAACAAUGGAAUAGAUACAGUAUAUAUGUUGUGCAAAAUUUGUCGGGGAAGUCGCUGGGUUCACAUAGAGGUACGAGGAUCAGAUCCUCCUAUGAUACCUCGCCAUUAACAACAGAGGCUGAGUUAUGCCCUUGCCUGAUCAUUCCCCUACCAUGACGGACGAACCAACUCUUACACGCUGGAAAUUUGAGGAUUUUGAGGAAGCCUAUGACGCAAAAUUUGGAAGAAGAAAGGGGGAUGUUAAGGAGAAUGGGCAUUCUCAAAGUGCAAGAGAGCAGAGUCAGGAGAAUUUUAGCCAAGGGAGUGUUGUUGGAAAUGGAAAUAACAGAAAUACUGCAAGUUUGGCUGUGUACGAGCAGUAUUUGCCUCGGGAAAAUAAUGGAGUGGAUAUUGCUGGUGUGGCAACAGAGAGAUCAAUGGAGAAACCGCAGAAGGGACUGUUGCCAGCAUUUGAUUCUGUUGAAAUGCGUACAUUGGCAGAAAGUAUCAGCCGGGAUAUUCUUCGGGGGAAUCCCGAUGUUCAGUGGGACAGCAUAAAGGGCUUAGAGAAUGCUAAACGACUUCUUAAAGAAGCAGUUGUCAUGCCUAUUAAGUAUCCUAAGUAUUUUACUGGCCUUCUAUCACCUUGGAAAGGAAUUCUAUUAUUUGGUCCACCUGGAACAGGAAAGACAAUGCUUGCCAAGGCAGUGGCGACGGAGUGUAAAACAACAUUUUUCAACAUAUCUGCUUCAUCCAUCGUUAGCAAGUGGCGUGGCAUCAAAUGGAGACCUCGGAGUUGGAAAAUCAAGCCAGAUCAAGGACGGUCUCCUCCAAGAAGAUCGAGCAAGGAUAAGGGCGACCUCCUCCAGUCUAGCAUCGACAAGGACGACCUUCUUCCGUCAAACAUCAUCAGGAAUGGCCUUCUCCAAUCCAACAUUCCAAGGCGAGGGGACUCAGAAAAACUUGUUAAAGUGCUUUUUGAGGUUGCAAGGCAUCAUGCACCAUCAACAAUUUUCUUGGAUGAAAUUGAUGCCAUAAUUGGCCAACGUGGUGAAGGACGCAGUGAACAUGAAGCAAGCAGACGGUUGAAAACUGAGCUGCUUAUCCAGAUGGAUGGUUUAAUGCAAACAAAUGAUCUUGUCUUUGUCUUGGCGGCCACGAAUUUGCCAUGGGAGCUAGAUGCUGCCAUGCUUCGACGGCUCGAGAAACGUAUUCUUGUUCCUCUUCCGGACCUUGAAGCACGUCGAGCCAUGUUUAAAGAACUCUUGCCUUUGCAACCUGAUCAUGAGCUCCCAUAUGAUUUUAUGGUUGAGAGCACAGAAGGUUAUUCUGGUUCAGAUAUUCGUUUGGUUUGCAAGGAGGCUGCUAUGCGACCACUCAGGAGAUUAAUGGUCAAGCUUGAAGAAAGUGAUGCAACUCAGUUACCAGAAGAAGAGUUGCCAAGUGUUGGUCCUGUCACAUGUGAUGAUGUUACCAUGGCUCUUAAAGUUACGAGGCCCUCAGCCCAUCUGCUUGCCCAUCGUUACCAAAACUUCAAUGAUGAGUAUGGUAGCCAGGCAAUAUUUUGAUCAUCUGUUUGCAUGUAGUAAAUGUGAGGUGGCAUUUAACACCAGGGCAAAUCAUUUUUGAAAUUAAGCAUUGAUUGUAUGGACUUAGAGUACUACGUUCUUUCAUUUUUUGUAAACUCUACCUGUAAUAUUAAUUGCCAUGUUCAAUUUAAAGCUGGAGAAAAACAAUUUAAAGAGCUCUUUGAGAGGUGGAAAUAAUCUUUAGCUGCCUUUGCUUUGUGAAACAGAGAUGGGAUGAUAAAUACCCUAAAUCAUUCUUUAUUUAUUUAAUUUAAUCUUUUGUUGUUGUCGUUCA